UUUAUAUUGGCGUCAUAAACAUGUACUCUAAAGCCAAGAGUUCAGCCACUUCGAUGAUCCAUCGUGCCAAAGAUCAUAUAGAGACUAUAGCUAAGGGAGUGAAAAACAACGCAUCUUCUGUGGCUGAUAAGGUAGUUACCUUUUCGAGCUUUAAUAAAAUUUUCAAGAAUAAAUUUCAACUCCCAGAUUUACAGAAAGAGUUAGCUCGGGAAACACUCCAGCCUGGAGAUAUCCUUCUGGUGAAGACUCCUACUUUAUUCAACAGCUUAAGUCUCAGGAAAGCUACAAAUAUGACAUAUGAUCAUGCCUUUGUUGUGCUGGAUAAGUACUAUAACUGUCUUCAGAUCACCUUCCCUAAAGCUAAAUUGACAAAAGUCUGGAACCUUGUGCAUCCAAUCAGAGAGCCACUGAUCGUUAGACCCAAAAUUUCUGAAGAAGUAAGGGACAAAUUCAUUGAAGAAUGCUAUAACAUCAUUGGCAAGAAGUACGAUUACUCCAGACUCUUCAAACUUGUGCUCAAAAGAAAGACAGGGAAUAGCUCACAGGAUAGAGUUUUAUGCUCUCAUGCAAUUUUUGAAGCUUUUUGUAAAGCAAACCCUGAGUUUCUUCUAAACACUGCAGAUAAAGACUACCUUGACCUCAACAGAACAGGCACGUUUAGUAUAGAUGACUUCCAUCGUAUGGCUCUUCUUGUUCCUGAGAAGUUUGACCUAAUCUCUGUCCUAACUCCAAAGAGAGAUGAGCUGGAGGAUUCCUCCCAUAUGAUCUCGGAAGCUGAGGAAUCGGCAUCUGCUUUGGAGAAAUACGGUAUAAUUUAUCUGACAAAUUCUAUAAUUUUCUUGCAUCAAAACUCUGAUUUGAUCAAUAUUUUACUGACUACCAUCGAGGUCUUGCACAAGUUUACUACACAAACUCCUUCACAGAAGUUUGAGAUUUAUCAUUCAAUUUCCAGCUAUAUUAGGCUCCUAAAAACAGUAGGAGAAAUUCAAGAAAAUGGACUUUCUUUCAGACUAAAGAAAAGAUUGAUGUCAGACUUACUCAACGUGCUAAUCCUAAACCCAAGUAGUAAGAGAAUGAUUGUGCUUAAGAAUUUGUCGAAUUGGAUGAUCAAUAAUUACAAAAUCAACCAGAUUGUUGGAGGUAUUCAGCAUAAAGCAAAAAGAUCUGCAAAAUACCUUGGCUCUAAACUCCAUCACCUCAAAGCUAAGAUUUAGGGAAUAUAGCAUUUUCAACAGUAAAA